AUGGGAGAGGAAGCUUCUGCCCCCAGGCGCCGCCAGGGCGGAGCAGCCAAGCGCACCGGAGCCUCGGAGCGGAGCUGGAGCCGGAGCGAGCGCGGGGGCACCGCACACCACUGCGCCUCUCGAGGCACCCGGCCAGGGAAAGAAGGAAAGAAGGGGCGAUGGGCGGCGGCCAGCGAUCCCGGCGGCCGUCGCUCGCCACGGCCAGCGGCCCAGCUCGGAGCUCGCCCUGAAGGAGGCAGCUCAGGGUUCCCCUGCUUCCCUGCGCCCCCCGCCCCCCCGGGGGGACUCAGCAUCCCGCGUGGCCAAGAUGCGCCCUGGGCGCUUUUAGGCGGAUGCGAGCGGCAGCCCCCCGCCCAGCUCUCACUCGGCUCGCCGCUGGCUCCCGGCUGCCCUCUCCGGCCUCUCUUCCCCGGGCCCGAGCCCACGGGAGCCGGGCCCCGCCCCGCCCAGUUCCAUUGCGCCCCGCCCAGCCCGGCGGAGAAGGCAGAGAAGGAGAGACGCCUGGCCCCCUCUCCGCCCCCCGCGGUGUCUCCCAGGAGCUCAGGGCGCAUGGAGAGGACCGCGGCCGGCUGCGUGUGCCCGGAUGAGCAGAGCAUCCUUCCGUGUAAGAAGGAGGAGCUGCAGUGUGACAACGGGCUGUGCCUGCUGAACUGGCUACGCUGUCACUACAAGAAGGACUGUAGUCGAGACUACAUGUCCAUCAAAAUCAGCUGCUCCAAAAUUCACUCCAACCAGAGCGGCCCCAUCAACAAGUACCCAGUCUUCACAGAGAGCACUGGCGACCCCAGCCUGCUGGUGUCCCCUCUGCUGGUGGCUGGGGUGGUCAUCGGCCUGGUGCUAUUUCUGUCCUGUGUGACCAUCAUUGUGGGCAGCCUGCGGAAGGAUGGGCGACUCCGGAACCACCCACACCUGAGGAGGGACCCCACCUAUGCUCCAGAUGGCUUCUCCUAUGGUGGCUCUGUUGGAGAGCUGAGAUCCACCUGCAUCGAGGAGUUCCCUCCUGCCUUCGACUUUGGUGCCUACAUGGAGACAUUGUCCCAAGUCAACGUGCUGUACCCAGACUCACCCCCGGGCUAUGAGGAAUGUGUGGGACCAGGGUCAACUCAAAUCUACAUCCCCACUGAAGACCCUCCACCAUACUCACUAAAUGACCCUUGCCGGGACAGGGAUGUCUCCAUCCAGAUCAGCGCGGCAGAGUUGAGGGAUGAGGAAGAAGAUGGGGCUUCUUUGCCUGUGGCCGAGAGGGAUGCUGGCUGUUCCAUCAGAUCUCCCCAAGGACAAGCAGCCAUCUCCACUAUUGCCCUAGAAACUGUGCCACCCUAUGAAACUGUAGUGCAUGACCCUAAUGUGUUCCUUCCUCUUCAGAGUCUGAAAAGCUCCCCAGCUGAGUACCAGACCCUUCUCAACAGGACUGUGUAACCAGGGGAGGCCUUUGCUAACCCACUUCAGAGGGGAGGGCCUGACUAGCUGCAAACACACGUACACACAUGCAGAGAAAAACAGUAACAACAACACAAAACCCACGAGGUUGGGGGCAGUGUCAUUCAAUAAUAGAAUGAACCUCUCACUACCAGCCCAACGUACAAAACUCCCUUCUGUUCCCUGUCCCUUUCAGGACCUGGGACAUGCAGGGCAUUAGCUCUUUUCUUCCAGCCCCUUCCUCUCCCUGCAUUUUCCCAGCAGGUUCUCAAAGUUUGUGUAACCUGGGUGGUCAGAGUCUGAUUUCUGCAUUGGGAAUUCUUCCCUAAACUGCUAACAGCCUCUGCUCAGGCAGCCCUUAGGUCAUUUCUGCCGUACUCCAUGCCCCCUUCACUCUCUGCCCCCACCCCCGUCCUCUCCUCAGAGAGACGCAAGCUGGUUGAUCUGAGAGUGCUAGCAUGGGCCAGAGGUCAGGGGAAAUAGACAGGUGUUGUCAACAGCGGCUUGUGCUACCAAUGGAAAAAAAAUUCUCCCUUCCAAAUGAGAUUUUAAAAUGAAUUUGAAGAGGCAAUAGAGUGGUAUCCACCACCCACAACACUCGACUUGAGCAGGAGCCCAAUGGUAGGCACCCUCAGUCCCUCCAAACCAAUGGCUAGAACUUGGAUUGGAACUUAUCCUUCUCAGGCCAUCCACACAGCUCUAAGGUUGGCUGGCCUGGACCAGAAGAACCCAAGUAAGCCAUGCUAUCAAAUCAUUCCCAGAAGGCCCACCUUGUGAGCCUGAGCUUAUUUAAAGGGCAGCAGCCCCUCACAGAGCUAAACCCCAUGGCCUUGAUUUUCUGGCAUUCAUAUCCUCUGUCAGACAGCCUCUCCACAGGUUUGAACUAAUGGGUCCAAUGGACAAUGCCCUGAUAAGAGAGUGAGAGUUGUCUUGGCCUGGUGGUGUGUCCUGGGCCCAAUCACUUCUCAAUAUUCGAUGAGUGGUUUCCCUGUUAGUUCAAUUAAGCAAACACCAAUUGUAUACAGACCCCUAUGCUGGGAAUCAGGGGACAUAAUAAAGUUUAUAUAAGACAUGGUCUAUGUCCUUGUGGAGCUCUAGUCUAGAGAAACUUGCCAACUAAUGCUUCAACCAGAGAGAAAAGAGUCUCUUGGCCUAGAGAUGGGUUGGGCUGCAUAUACAAGCCUAACUUCAGUGGGUCUGUGGCUGCAAAUUUUCCCAGAGAAGUUGAUGGGCUUAAAUCUUCCCCCUCACCCCCAACCCAAGCACAUUUAGUUAACACAUGGAUGACAGGCCAGACAACUUUGGCUUUAAAUCUCCUAGGAAGGAUGAGAGAAAGACAUAGUCCAGAAAAGAGGGCUGGAAACUCAGUGGGGGAUCAGCCCCAGAAUUCUUCAGCCGUUGGAACCCCUUACAUAAGAUGAGAAACCUUUCCUCUGAUCAGCAGCAUGAGAACAUUCAGGCGGGAUCCAGAUAGCCAGACCAGAGGACAGACAGAGGCUAAGGAAGGAGAUCUGUCUCAGGAGGGCAAGGAGGUGCCAGUUGGCUCUAUCAGAGCCACAGACUUUUCUGAACAUGGGUGUGGGGACAAAAUGGAGUUGUGUUGGAAACCUCCAACACUUCCCUCCACUGGAGGGAGCUUUGGGUAUUGGACAACCACCCACAUUGGCCCUGCUGCUGCCAGGAGCCAUUGUUCCGGAGCUGGCCUUGAAAAAGGCAACAUGAAACAACCCAGAAGUUCCGUUUUACCCACCCAAUCAUCAACCCCAUCUCCUAACCCUCCUUCUGCUUCUCCCCAAACCCAGGGCCUUUACUCUAAAAGCAGAGUGGUGUUUUCCAAAGAACAUGGGAGUUGGAGUCGGAAGACCUGAAGCUGAAUCCCUGUUCUUCAAUCUACUACCUGUGUGACCUUGGACAAGUCACAACCUUUCUGGAAACAUUCAGUUUCCUCAUCUGUACAAUAAGGGGGUUGGGCUAGAUGAUCUCCGUGGUCCCUGCCAACUCUCAAUCCCCUAAUCUUAGGUCCCUGUGUCCCUUUUUUAAAAUACCAGGAUUUUCAUCCUGUUUCUUGCUUCCCCCCACCUACUUCCCCUGCCCCCAUUAAACUUUCCGAAUCCAGUGAAGGGCUAUGACUUUUCUUCAAUCACUUUUUAAGGAGCUGGGGGCCAGGAAGGGGGAGAAAAAAAAAUGAAGAUUUUAUAUUUUACUCUAUGUAAAAUUAGAAUUUCUCCCAGUGCUAUUCACUGCUUUUCAAAGGCUCUCUUUAGCUCUGUUUCCGCCUUGAUGUUCUAAUUCAUUCUGUGGAUACUAGGGAUUGUUUACAAACAGCUAUCUGUUCACUUUGGUGGUUUUACUGUUUUAUAGGGGGAAAUAUAUCUAUCUUCUCUCUCUGUCGUACUGUAUAGAUUUUCUACAUGCACUGCAGGGCCUUGAGUCUCCUAAGAAACCUGUCCUCCUUCCACACCGUAGCAAGCUUGGGUAACCAACCAAAAAACUUUCAGGACACAUCAGCUUUUGCAGCUGGCUACAGAGACGGAGCGGGACAUGUUUUCUUUCUUGGGCUGGGCUCUGAAUUGAGCAACAAUAUAUUCUUUCUUUGUUCCGAAUAAAUAACCAACAAUGUAGCACUUGUAGACAUAACUUAGUAAUCGAGUGCACAGCUGGGCUUUUCUUUCCUUAUUGAAACUUGUAAGGAAAGGAAACAGCAAAAACAGCAGCUGAUUCAAAUGCCUUGAUUUAGCAAAUAAUGUUUUAACCCAGCAAGCCUUCACCUGAAUGUUUCUGAAAAUUAGAAUCUGUAAGCAGUACAAAGUGUUUUAUUGUUCACACAGGAUGAUUUUGCAGCUGGUUACAUGCUGUAAAUGACUUGCUGGGAUGACUUUUUUUUUUUAAAUCUCAUCUGAAACCUGGUAUCAUUUUUUUUUGAGACUACGGCAAAUGUAUGGGUCCCUGAGACAAGUGACGAUCUUUAGCCCUGUUCCAGCAAUACUGACUGGGUCCAGGAGCUUCAGGGGACCAUACAUUUUUAAAAGAAUAGUCGUUACUCAACUUUCAGGUCAUACUGGUUUUUACCACCAGGAAGACGUGUAUCCAGAGUUGACUGUAGAGCUGUUUUUAAUUACACAAUAAAGAACUAUUUCACACUU